UGCCUUCCGGAAGCGUAUUUCCUCUCCAAGCACCACCACAGUCCGUCGCUUGAAGAGAAAAACUCUUGGGUUGUGUGUUGGAAAAUGACUGUCUUAGCACCAAGACCAAAUGCGUGAGCUGUCACUUGGAGUACGUGAGGAGUGCUCAAACGAACCGGGACCUUCAGCGAUUUGAUCGGCUGCACCUUAUUUCGAAAUCCCACGGACACUAACUAGCUAGCUAACAAUGACACACUGUCUGUGGCCAGAGCCGCUGUCAGCUCAGCAGCUGAAGCGGCUUGAAGAACACAAGUACAGUGCUUCUGGUCGGUCCUUAUUCGAACCGCCUUGUCAGAUUUACUGGAAUUGGUUGGUACAGCAAAUCCCGACCUGGGUCGCACCCAACACCCUGACCAUUACUGGAUUGGUUGUUAAUAUUGUCACUACGGUUAUCCUGGUUUACUAUUGUCCCUCGGCAACAGAGGAGGCUCCAUCUUGGACCUUCAUCCUCAGUGCAUUGGGUCUGUUCAUCUACCAGUCACUGGAUGCCAUUGAUGGGAAGCAAGCUCGGCGAACUAACAGCAGCUCAGCUCUCGGGGAGCUCUUUGACCAUGGCUGUGAUGCUGUUUCCACAGUGUUUGUUGCUGUUGGAACAUGCAUUUGCUGUGGGAUGGGGGCAUACUCUAACUGGAUGUUCUUCUGCGGCUUCGUGGGCAUGUUCAUGUUCUUCUGCGCGCACUGGCAGACUUACGUCUCGGGCACGCUCCGCUUCGGCCUGGUGGAUGUCACAGAGGUCCAGAUCGCCAUCACUAUCAUGUAUCUGAUGACAGCCUUCGGAGGAGUGAGUCUGUGGGAGAGCAGGCUGCCUGUCCUAGGAGUAAAACUGCACACUUUCCCCAUCCUGGGUAUCAUUGGAGGAGCCCUCUUCUCCUGCUCAAACUACUUCCAGGUCAUCAUGAAUGGUGGAGUUGGCAAGAAUGGCUCCACUGUGGCAGAUACCAGUGUGCUGUCACCGGGGAUGCACAUCGGUCUCAUACUCACUUUGGCCUUCAUCAUCUUCAAGAAAUCUUCCAGUCAGCUAUUUGAGCUCCACCCUUGCCUCUACAUCCUUACCUUUGGACUGGUGAUGGCUAAGAUCUCCAACAAGCUUGUUGUUGCCCAUAUGACCAAGAGCGAGCUUCAUCUUCAUGACACAGCCUUCAUUGGGCCCGGACUCCUCUUCCUAAACCAGUAUUUCAACGGUUUCAUUGACGAGUACUAUGUCCUUUGGACUGCCCUGAUUCUCUCUCUGGUGGAUCUGACAAGGUACUGUACAGGCGUGUGUCUCCAAAUAGCUACGCACUUGAAGAUCAGAGUGUUCAGCAUCACCCCGCAGGUCCACAGGAACCAGGACUGACGGUCCGCCCGACAGGAAGAGGCUGGGGUGAGCGAAGACGCCACCCCACUGCUGAAAGCAGACUUGGAGGACCCCUCAAACCAAAAACUAAUCAGCCUUGACACCGUAACUACCUACAAUUAGACCGGACCAUUCACAACUAGCGAGCUAAUGAAUUAUGCAUGCCUUACAGUUCCACACUGGACUGAGAUAUACUAGACUGGAAAUAAUCAUGGAAAUACCUUGUGUGCUGGAGUUCCUUUUUCUUGCUCUAAAUAGACAUUGCAUGCACUGAAAAUCACUGGUUCAGUGAAUGAAUCUCAUUACAGACCCAGUGCAAUUGGUGCCUUCUUGAUUAAUAUAUCCCUAACAAUAUGAGCUGUACCCCACCACGUAGGUAAAUAUGAGCAGAAAAUCCAGUUGCACCAUUUAGACAUUUUACAUAAUGUGCACGAGCUGUGUCUUUGUUUUUGCCACAACAGAACAUCAAGAAGACCAUGCUGGUGAGAUCUAGUCACAAGCUGACAUAAUGAGUCAUAGAAGUGACCCUUUUUUUGCAGAUGGCCAUGCAAAAAUCUUGCCUAAUACAAGAGGUUUUCUGUCAUUAUUUCCAGUUUAACCCAAAAGCCAAUUAACGUUUUUUUUUUAUUUAAUUAAAAAAUGAAUAAAGGACUGCUGUCGUCCUUUUGGGCAAAUGUUGAAAUAAUUCUUGCUUUCUUGAUCUGAUCCAGUAAUUUUGAAUUUCAUGCAAUAGAAAUAUGUGAGAAGUACCCUAGCGUCUUUAGAUGCAAGCUGCAAACGAAGCAGCUUUCUCUUUCAGAACUCUUUGUGACAGUAGCAGCCAGACCCAGUCCAUAUUCACAAACUGAGUUCACGGAAGACUGCAUAGGUAUGGAAGCAUAAGUAAAUAUUUAAGCCUUGCACACACCUUUUACGGGACUUAUCGAGGCGGCUGGAACAAGCCACCCGUGGUAUGUAAGGCAUGACGGGGCUCUCAGCACCUGCAAUUCACUGCUUCCUUCCUGUCAAAUUCUACAUUUUGUUGACUGACUCAUUCAAGAAUAUUUGUUCAGCAUUGUAGAGCAAGAUGGCAAACAUUCUUUGCUCUGGGAACAUUUGUAUGUAACAAAUUCCUUGAAAUAGGAAUGGACAAAGACAGUACUGCUGUCCGUCUUGCCGUGUUUUCAACUGAGCUGGUGUCUGUUUUCAUCCUUAUUUGAGUCUUGCCGUAUCAAAGAUCACAAAGAACAAGUCACUUCAGUCCUGUAAUGUAGUUGGAGAUGCUACUAGCCUUUCCUUUGGACUGAUGUGUAUUACUUAGUCAUGUCAGGCUGGAGAGACAAACAACUCAAGAGACUAGAGUUUCUUGCUCUGGAAUCUUUCUUAGAAGUAUGCUUGUAUUCUGUUGUGACAUACCCAAUUUUAUCACUUGUUGAUUUGUGGAAUUUUGAUUGAAAUUGGCCAGCAGCAUUUAAUGCUUCCACAAAAAUGGAGAAAUGUAAUGCUAUCUGAUUCUAUCACGAUCAGGAUGUUGAGAUUAUUUGAUAUUUGCCCCAAAGGUCUAUAGUAGCACUGGUGACUGUAUAUAUUGUAUAGUCAUCUCAUCUAAAUUAACAGAUUUAAAUAACUCAGUUCAGGAAUUGUUAAAAAUGCAAAAAAAAAAAAAAAAAAGUUUAAAACCUCAAUUAUGUCCAAUUAAAAUAAUAUGGAAUGGUAAGAUUCAAAUGUGGAAUGGUAAAUUCCGGAUAAUUUGUCAAGAGCUGCAGGUUUACAGGGGACCAGAUCUCAGUGUUAAUGCAACCACCAGUGACAACUGACUACUACAAACCCUUCCUAGCCUAGAACCCUACCCAUAUUUUGCCACAUUGCUGGCUCCAACAUAUAUAUGUCCUCCUGCAACCCCCCUGCAGUGCACUCCCAGGUUCUGUGCUGCAUGUGAGGACAAUCUCUACCUUUGUCUAAAGGAAAAAUUCACAGCAGUUUGAUUUGAAUGGUGUUACUCAUGUUCAUUGUGUUUGUGAUCUAUACAAAAUAUCACUUCAUUAUUAUAAUUGUAAAGUAACCUUUUAAAAAUGGUCAUGGCCAGCAAAGCAAGUCUUCCAGUUUGGCACUCUUAUUCAGUUCCAAUCAAGCAGUUCACCAGCUCCUCAUAAACAUCACAGGCGAUUUGCAUGGGAGGCACGGGAAACACAGGAAUGGCUGCAUGAGUUUAAAUGCCAGUAACAUCUGCUUGAUUGACAGGACUGGUUAAUCAAGCGGACAGCUUGAUUAACAGGACUGCUACAAACAUUGUACAGAUUAUUCAUUUUCCAAGUUGCAAAGAUAAUUAGUGGAAAGCAUGAACACCAACUUGAAUGAGGCUCUUCUAGCCCAUAGUCCCACCAGAUGACAUGCUCUGGGUGUCUAUUUAUCAUCUAUAACUGUGGUUCUUAUUUUUUCUCCUGGGAGACCCCUGUGUAUUCUGGUUUUUGUUCCAACCAAUCUCUUGCUCAGAUAAGGUUGUUGAACACGUGUAAGUUCUUUCAUAAUUUUUUUAACACAAUGCAGGUUUGGCUGGUUAUCACUUUCUUUGUCUUUGAAUUCUUCAUUAACUACCAAAUGGUUAGUUUUAGUGGCCAUGUCCACACCAUCACCAAUUAGGGGCCUAUGGAUUCACCUCAGUCUUCAAUCUGAUUAGAUCAAAUUUUCCUCUCAUAAGUCUCUUUAUAUAAUCAUUUGCAAUAUCGCACCAUGCAAAUAUGGGACUUUUAUUCUUCAUGGAAUGCAUAGAUAUUUCUGACAUAAUGUGGCUUUAAGAGGGUAAAUACCUCAAAACAUGUAUAAGUAUAAUUAAAAUGAAUAGCUUUUUUAAAUUCUUGGAUUGCAUUUGUGGUUGGAAUGAACAUCUGCAUACACAGGGGUUUUCCGGGAUCGAACUUAAGUACUACUAUCUACAGAUUUAAUAAUUUUUUUUUUUGUCAUUUUUGAGUGAAUUUUUUCCUUUAAAAUGUCUCUACACAUGUAAGAAACGACCUCUCACAUAGGUACUAAUUCUCUAGUCAUUGCCACUGGUUGGACAUGCAUUUACACUGAGAUUCCAGCUGCUUUACAUAGUCUCUUCCUCAAGGGCUAUACAUUUAAGAUAAUGUGUGAUUGAAUUUAAUUAUGUUGACAGCCUUAAAUUUUAAAUGUGAAUUCUUUUUCUCAGUUUAUAUGUGAAUCCAGGAUGUAUGAACCAAGCAAAGAGCAAAAUACCUGGUAGCAUUCUCUUUUCAUUAACAUUUUCAGUUAUUUUCAUUUAUGAAACACUAUUUAUACAAAUACCAUCAGAUUAUUAGGAAAUGUAUGUAUUUAUAACCAUAAAAAUGGGACUUUUCACAUUUCUGACUUUGUAUUCACUCAAAAUACACACACACACACACACACUCACUCACACACACACAGCUUUUAUAUACCAAGUAUAUUUGUAUAUACAUGGGUACUUGAAACUCAAUGCUUUAUGAUGAUUGAUGUAUAAUUGUGAGUUUAUGAUUAGGUGAGUAGAGGACCCACUAUGUGACUAGUGCCUACAGGACAAGUAGUUCUUAAACAGGGUACAGGUCCCUUUUAAGGUCUGGCUUUGUCUUAAAAGAGUAGGAUAGACAAAGGGAUUUUUCUCAUUACAAAUGGAAGGGGGAUUUCUGGAAAAGGCAAAUGUUCAAUUUUUUAUUAAAUAAUUUAUUUUUAAUGA